AGAUGUGGUAUGGAAUCUUCCUGUGGGCGCUGGUAUCGUCUCUCUUCUUCCACAUUCCUGCAGGACUACUGGCUCUUUUCACGCUCCGGAGGCACCGAUAUGGCCGGUUUAUGCCAGUCAGCAUCUUCCUGAUGGGCCUCGUUGGGCCGUUAGCUGCCGGGACUUUAACAAGUGCUGCGAUUGCUGGGGUCUUCCGAGCUGCUGGGAAGAAGAUGAUCCCCUUUGUGGCUCUGACGUGGGGAGUGGGACAGACCUUCUGCGUAGUGAUGAUUUCCUUUUUACGGAUUUUGGCUACUCUUUAGCCCCCCUCCCCCUUGGUCCUGGAAAACCACCGGAGCAGUGCCGCUUGGGAAUCAUGGAGCAGGUGGUUCGAAAGCAUGAGAAAUCAUCACCAAAUAGUUUCGUGCAAUACCUUUUGAAAGAAAGGGAGGCUUUGCAGCAGCUUCGCUUAACUUGAGCCUGACUUUUUUGAGAAGAAACCUUUCCCGGGUCACCCUCCCUCAUCUAAGGUCAGACAGUCAAAGUCAAGAGAGUUGUGGGUCCAUCAUCAUCAUCGUCACUGACUCAGCUGCUUUCAAUGUCCGCCUUGUGAUAUUGCUGGAGGGAUUUGUCCUCGGGCUAAGAAGAAGGGGAUGACCCACAAGGAAAUGUGAAAAUGGUUCACUCAAUGCUGUGGGUGAACGAGCAUUCAGGCGCCGGGUCUGAAGCGACAACCGGUUCUAUGUUUAUCAUUUGUGACAUUUUUGUAACCUGAAGUGCCAACCUGAGCGUUUUUUAAAAAAGUAUGGAGAUCUGGUUUAGGUUCGGGGAGUGAUGCCGAUUUGACUCCAGAGAUCAAACAAGAAUGGGGAAACCGUUCUGUAUUAUCUGAGUGGGGUGACUCAGUUAACACUGCUGAGUGGGGUUACUGCUGGGGGGUGGGGGGGGGGGAGGCUUCACCCUGAUGGCUGUCCUAGGGAAGAAUGGGAAGGGGAGGCAGCCCAAGCAGCCGCCUCAACCUGCCCCCUCUGGUGGGAAGUGUUCGGCCUCCCUAUUAGUGCCGAGAAGGAAAAUUAUUUACUGCUACCUCAAGCACGCAGGACAUAUUUAAAAUGUAAUUUUGCUGGCAGGUGGUUUACUGCAGGGGACAGAGCGGUUGGAGGCAAGAUCCAGAAAUGCGUUUUGAAACCUGAGAUGCUCUCUUUUAAUUCACAUCUGGUGGACUCCCAGAGAGACCGUGGGAAAUGUACGAGAGCUGUGUCACCCUUUGUCGCUGGGUGGGUUCGAAGGAAGGCUGCACUUUUGGAUAAUGCUUGUCUAGGAAUCCUCCGUUCCCUGCAGGCAGGCAGGCAGGCAGGCAGGCUUGGAUUGCUUUGGGAAACUCACAAGUGCCUGGGCAACGUUGCCCUCCCUCCUGGGAUCAGUUGUGCAACCCGUCAGUGCCCUUUCUCAGUGGCAUCCACGCGCUGCUGCCCAGUCUGCCUCACGGAGGCAGAUCUCAGUAUAUUUUCCCCAAGGGCAUGGCAGGAUUCAUUUGCUGGGAGCGAGGGAGGGAGGACGGACCUGUCCUUUAGCACCUUCACCCCCCCCUUUCUCUCCCCAAAAUAUCCUGUCUCUGCACUCCGCCCCUCCCCACCUCAAUUCUUGUGAAGCCUCCUGGAUGAUUAUUGGUGUGUCUUCUCAAACCCAUUUUCCUGAGCUCAAUUCAUCCUUUAAAAAAAAAAGUGCUCUGGGUCACAAGACAGGCCACCUGCAAGACCCCCUCCCCAUUUUUAUCACUGUGAAGGAUUCCCUCAAUUAUUCUGGUCAAAAAUGAGUUUGGCUGUGUGCUUUUUUCCCACUUUACGAAGGACACACAUGCUAAAAAUGUGGUUUGUAUCGUAACAUAGGCUUAAAACACAGCUGAAAAGCACACCCCAGGGCAGCUUGCCUCUGCUCACAGGUGAUAGGGCUCUCCCUGCUUUGCCAUAUUCCCAUACUGUGCCCCCUCCCCUAAUUUAAGCACAUCUUACAGCUCUCGAAAGGUUGCCCAUCAGUCUGUUUUAAACGGUAAAGGCUUAACAUGUGCAAUUGUUCUCAUUUUUAAUGUGUGGAUCAGGAUUAAGUGGCAAGAAUGUCAGGAAACAUCGUGAUCAUUCAAACGCCUGUUGCUUUCGAUGCGUUCCACAGCUGGUUGAAUGUGAUUACCCCGAUCUGAAGAUCUUCCUUCCUUUGGCAAAUUGCUCCCUUAGCUCUCUGAUUUUAUACUUUCCCUGGAGUUUUGCCAGGCCUUUCUAACUUCCUUCUUGAGCCAGUCGCUCAAGAAGGUAUAAGCGUCUUUUCCCCUUCAGCCUCCUGAAUUCACUUGAUUGUUUGCACUCGGCGGUUGGAAUCCUAGCUUUAGUGAGCACGAAAGAUGAAAAGGAUCAACCAAGUCAGGAAGAAUUAAAUCCGCAAUCUCUAUUACCCAGCAGCAGGGAGCUUGGUGAAACUUGAAAAUAUAUAUACAUAAAGAGUGAAAGCCCACUCUUAUUCAUCCAAAUGUAAGAACAGGACUGGCUGUUUUGUUCACUGCCUUUACCAAAUAUUUACAUUUGCGAAAUGGAACACGUUGACUUGCAAUGGAAGAAGGAAGCCUCUGGGUUUAAAGGCAGAGCUGAUGGACUCCUUCCUUGCCGCAAAUGUUUCCUUUGCAAACCUGCCAGAGUGCCCGUCUUGUCGGCAAAUGCCCACCGCGUUUGCAUGCCUCUGACCCCCUGCAGCACAUGCAAGCCAAUCUUUGUACAGAGGGAGAAUAAAUCUCCCAGUACCGGUUUUUAUUUUUCUAUUGACAUUUCUGAUUCUAGCGUUGGUAUUUUCGCUAAUAAAAUCCCAGCUAAGUCUUUGUGAACAAGGAGUGAUUUUCUUAUCUCAUGAUUUGGGGGCUGUGGGAUUUGGGGCAGGGAUUGAUUUAGAAGAACAUGGUUUCCUGCUGGCUGGGGACUUCUGGGAGUUGAAAUCUACACAUUUUAAAAUUGCCCAAGAUUGAACAUCCCUGAUUGACAUUGUUGGCCAAAACUUGUACCCUCACAAACACAACUUAUUUCAAAAAGGAGGAGUUACAAAAAGAUUAGAAGAUUAAAAAAUAAACAUACCAUGAAUAUCUAAUGAAUGUUUGGGAAAAAAAAUAUAAGUGUAUGUUUUUAAAGCCAAGCUCACCUCAGAUAACUCCAGUUUUCUUGGCAAUAUUUCUAAAAUUGUCGGCUGCCUUUGGGGAUU